AUAAAAAAAAUCUCUCUUUCUCUUUCUUCCUCUCUUUCUAUCUCUUAAACAACAUUGAACAAGUCCUCCUCGAAUCUCCUUUCACCACUGCUUCGGGUCCUGAAAAACAAAACCCCACCUUCCCACAGGACCCAUCAAGCGCCAUUAACGUCGCACAAUUGCUUACAAUUAUUUUCUCAAUUUAUUUAUUUUAUUUUUUUCUUUUUCAACCAACAACAAUAACAACACCACCAACGUCAUGGAUUCUCUUAUCGCUUCAGAAUUUCAACUCUGCUUUUUUUGGUUUUGAUGAAAAAGCUUGGAUUUUGAGGUAUGUGGUAGCCUGAGUUGUUGUCAUUAUCAGCAACUAUGUCUAUGGAUUCUUCUUCUUUUGAGGGAGUUGGAGUUGAUCCAUCAAAAUGCAGUAAGAUGAGUAUGGAGGAAAAGAGGGAACUAGUUUAUGAAUUGGCAAAGCGAUCACAUGGUGCCUCUCAAAUGCUACAGUGGACCCGUCAGGAGAUUUUACAGAUCCUAUGUGUGGAGUUGGGAAAAGAAAGGAAAUAUACUGGCUUGACUAAGUUGAAAAUCAUAGAAAACCUUCUGAAAGUUGUUUCUGAAAAGAAUUCAGGGGAACGCGAGGUGAAUACCGAAGCUGAACCACUGUCUUCUCCUUCCUCCUCGCAGAGAACAUCCAAGAGGCAGAGGAAAACUGAAAACCCUUCUCGGCUUCCUGUACCAGUGAAUGAACCUGCUAUCAACAAUGGUGGCAAUGACAUAGUUAAUGCUAUAUAUUGCAAAAACUCGGCUUGCAGGGCUAACUUAAGAGUAGAAGAUGCAUUUUGCAAGAGGUGUUCAUGCUGUAUCUGUCAUCAAUAUGAUGACAAUAAGGAUCCUAGCCUGUGGUUAACUUGCAGCUCAGAACCUCCAUUUGGAGGGGAGUCAUGUGGCAUGUCUUGCCAUUUGGAGUGUGCCUUGAAAAUUGAAAAAUCUGGAAUCGGAAAAGGUAGAUGCUUUCCAGGACUUGACGGGAGCUUUUAUUGUGUGUCAUGUGGAAAAGUGAAUGAUUUACUCGGAUGCUGGAGAAAACAACUGAUGGUGGCUAAGGAUACUAGACGGGUAGACAUACUGUGUUAUCGUGUCUCCUUGGGCCAAAAACUUCUCAAUGGGACUGACAAGUACCAAAAUCUCUCUAAGAUUGUGGAUGAUGCUGUUGAGAUGCUUGAAGCUGAAGUGGGUCCGUUAACUGGUGUACCUGUAAAGAUGGGUAGGGGUAUUGUCAACAGGCUUUCUUCAGGACCAGAAAUUCAGAAACUCUGUGCUUUUGCUUUGCAGUCAUUGGAGGAAACGAUUUCCAGCACCAUCUUGCCCAGUCCUGCAAUAAAAGAUUCAAAUUUGAUUGUUCCCAACAUGGUUAGAGUGGAAGAUGUUUGUGCAACAUCUCUUACUGUGGUAUUGGGUUCAGAAGAUCCUUCACCUGGGACUGAUAUUUCUUACAGCUUAUGGCAUCGUAAAGCUCAUGAAGACUAUCCAGUUAGACCUACUUGUACGUUGUUUGCACGAAAUCCGAGGUUCGUUGUCACAGGACUUACUCCAGCUACAGAGUAUCAGUUCAAAGUUGUUUCCUUAGUUGGUACGACAGAGUUGGGUAAAUGUGAAGUUUGGUUCUCAACCGGAAGUAUUAGGGAAGAUGUAACAAACUGCUCUAUAAUGGAAAGAAGUCACAGCCCAGCGACAAACUGUAGCAGCCUUUCUAAUCCAUCAUCUGUAGAAGAUGAAAGCAAUAACAUCACUCCAGACAGGGACCAAAAUGAUGAUCGAGUGAACGAUUACUUUAAUUACUGCAAGGACACUGAUAAAGUUGCUUCUGCUAAUUUGUCUGAUGAUGCUGUUGACUGUGCCAUUGUGGUUGAAGGAGCAACCCCAGCAGAUGCAAUUUCUCUGUUGGAAGAAGAGCGUGCCAUCAACAUAGAUGGCUCUGUGCCUGAUUCUGAUGUCCGAAAGCUUGAGAACAAGCACCCACCAGAGGGCCAAUUCACUGAGGAGAUGAGCACUGAUAAUGGGUUAGAUAAUCGAGUGCCAGCUGGCAUGGAAUGUGUGCCGUAUGUAGGUACCUCAGAAGCUAGCUUGCCGAUUACUCCCUGCAAGAUAGAAAUACUUAAGGAUGGACAGGGAAGGAAUGCGCGGUCCAAAUCAAGCAACAAGGAUCUGGAAAAUGGGAUUGGGAAAGGAGAUGAGCCCCGAGAUAACAGCACAUCAAAGAAGAGGAGUGCUGAAAGGCGGGACGAGGAAUGUACUGCGAAUGGUGCUUCAGAUUUUGAGCACUGUGUGAAGGUGAUCAGAUGUUUAGAGUGUGAGGGACAUAUAGAAAGGAACUUUAGGCAGAAAUUCUUGACUUGGUACAGCUUGAGAGCAACCUCACAGGAGGUAAGGAUUGUAAAAGUGUUUAUUGAUACCUUUGUCGAAGACCCGGCAUCUCUCGCAGAGCAACUUGUGGAUACCUUUUCAGAUUGCAUCUCAAGCAAGAGAGCAUCAGUCGUGCCUGCUGGGUUCUGCAUGAAGCUUUGGCAUUGAUUAUCUUUAUCUGAUCAAAUGCCCAUUUAGGGUGCUCAGAGCAUAAUUCUUUAGACCCUUUUAACAUUGACAAUCAUCAUCAUCAUUUAAAUUUAUCACUAGCAUUUGCCAUUCUUACGAUGAUGUAAGAACGUUAGAAUCUAUUUCUUCUAUAAUACAGUUCUCUCCUAUUCAUUUAUAUCUUCCAAUUUAACUAUUGGAUCACUGACUGUUUCUGGCUAGGGAAAAACUCGUUAGUUCUUGGAUUGAAAACAAUUUUAUGCUUAGUUGUACAUCAGGCUGAAAGUAGAGGAUUAUUGUUGUUUA